AUGUCACUCCUACGCUUACCCCCAGAGACUUUGAAACAGAUCUUUGACCACCUAGAUUCGUCUUUCUUUCACGAGGAUAUAGGCCGCCUCACAGUCUGCAAGAGAUGGUUCGAUUUCGCUCUUCCUGAAUGCCUCAAAUGCAUCACCCUUUCCCAAGAGGCCCUCUCAAAUCUAGUCAUCUCGGCAACUUCAGCAAAGCCCUCGCCGCUUGAAAAAAAUUUAGAGACACUGAAUCUCAAUCUGGGGGUGUACCAAGAUGAAGACAGUAUCUCACCGCCCUCUCCUUGGGAGCUGCUUACUGCUCCGCCUACCGCUCCAAACGAUGCUGCUAGGGACAAGUCGGUCGAGACGUGGACCAAGUCCCUAAAUGAUGACCUAGCUCAUCUUGCAAUUAUCGUCCAGAAAUCUCAUAGGUUGCGUGUGUUACGCAUCUCGGCCCGGCGUUGUCUCUUAUUCAAUCCUGUCUCCAGUCCAGAGGAUUACCUGUCACUAUCUACAAUUCGAGCUUUUCUCUCGGUGGAAAGUCUGAGCGUCUUGGUGCUGGAUCUACCUGGCACUUCUUUGGAUUCAUCAGGACAGCAAGGAGAUGAAUGCCAUAUUUGCCCAUCUAUCGCUGCGCUUCUUCCCACUCUUACAACCCUUCACUUGCGGAUGCGCACUAUCUGCCCUGACGCACUGAAAGUUCAAGAUCCCGAUAGUACAUUGAGAUUAAGCACGGUGGUCAUCAACUUGAGUCUGCUUACAGGCCAGCUGAGUAUGGCGGCAGCGACCCACGCUACACCUUGCGAUUCCCAUGGCGGCGGUAUGAUCCAACUAAGAAUGGACAUGCAAGAACAGGCGGAAGCUCUCGUAAACCGAAUGGUAGCACCCAAAACCAUGAGGAUUCUGGAUCAGAGCCUUCCGCAGUUUGACACAAUGUCACUAGAUGUCUUGACUGGCAAGAUAAUGAAACUGAGAGACGAUGCGGCAUGGGAUGAAGACGGAAAAACUAUUCAAGAGGACUCGGAAUUAGAGUCCGAAAUUUCAGACGGGGAAUUUGAUGGGUUCUUAGAUGACUGA